UCAGCCAGCCAGGCAGACAGAUAACCAGGCAGGCAGUAUGGUGGCAGUGUACCUCCAAGGGCUGCCGGAAGAGGGGUGGCACUACCAUCAGUUGCGUCGGCCCCCCAUGGAAGGGGGGCACCACCAGCUGUGUCGGCCUUCCAUGACCCCGUGCCCGAGCAGGGGGCUGCCCCAGAACCGUCCCCAGCAGACCCGCAAAAAGCUCCAAGUCAUCAUCUGCAUCCUGCUGGUGGAGCUGUUUGAGAGGUUCACCUUCUUUGGGAUUGUGUGUAACAUGAUCCUGUUCUGUACGGUGAAGCUGGGCUAUGAUCACUACCAGGCUGCUACCGUUAACCUGUGCUUUGUGGGGGCCAGUACACUCACUCCUGUGAUGGUGGGAUGGUUUGCUGAUACCUGCCUUGGGAGAACCAAGGUGCUCUACUUGUGUACUCUGCUCCAUCUCUUUGGCACAGCCAUGCUCCCAGUGGUGGCGUUCCCGUUCGAGGACUUCUACAUCGACACGCACAACAUGAUUCACCAGAUGGAGCACCGGGAACAGCACAUCCUGUUCUACACUGGCCUGCUUGCAGCUGCCCUGGGCAUCGGGGGUAUCCGUGCCAUCCUCUGUCCCAUGGGGCCAUACAAACUACAGGGCUACGACCAGCACCAGCUACUCUCCUUCUUCAACUGGUUCUACUGGCUGGUGAACCUGAACUCGACAAUAGUGUUUCUGGGAAUCGCCUACAUCCAGCAGUCAGUGGCCAACAACCUGGGCUUCCUCAUCCCCUUCAUGUCUGUGCUGCUGAUGCUCAUCGCCAUACACAUGGUCCGCAACAACCUUAUCUUCAGGCCCAAGAAAGGCAGUUCCCUGCUGACCACUCUGGGGGUGUUCCUGAACUCUCUGAAGAUGUGCUGCCUGCACUACCGCCACCUGAGUGGAGACGUAGCCAGCUGGCUGGACCGCGCCAAGGAGAACAACGGGGGGCGCUACAGUGAGACACACGUGGAGAACGUCAAGGUCCUGGCAAGGCUCUUCCCCCUGUACGGCUUGCAGCUACUGUACCGCGCCUGCCUCACUCAGAUUCCAUCAGGCUACUACAUUCAGACCAUGAACUCUAACCUGCACCUGAACAGCUUCCUCCUGCCCAUCGGUGCCAUGAACCUCAUCAGCAUCCUACCUCUGCUGCUGCUGGCCCCUCUCAUGGAGUGCAUCACCUCCUGCUACCUGUCCAUGGAGAAAACACCCUUCUCCCCUGCCAGAGUCAUCACUCUUGGUCAUGCGUGUGCGUCGCUGUCUGUCCUGGUAGCGGGCCUGUUUGAGGUCCACAGGAAGGGCUAUCCUCUGACGGAGCAGGCCCUGUCAGGGAAGGUGCUACAGGUGUCCUCCAUGGCCUGCAUCCAGCUGGCUCCCCAGUACAUUCUACUGGGUCUGGCUGAGGCCCUCGUCACCCCCUCCUGCUCUGUGAUCUCCUUCCACCUGACACCCAGUCAUAUCAGAGGCAUCUCCCUGCACUUCCUCACCCUGUCCUACGGAGGGGGCUGUUUCCUGGGAGCACUCAUCAUUCAGCUGGUCUACCUACUCUCUGGAGGUAACUGGUACCCAAACACACUGCAUGAAGGGAAUCUGGAGCAUUUUUUCUUCUUCUUAGCCAUGUUGAUGACCAUAAACACUCUGGUGUUCUGGUGGAUAUCUUACAGGUACCUAGAUCUGAGUGUGGUGCAGAGUAGAGGAGUAGGAAGCAGCCUUCUGACGGAGAAGCUCCUGCAGUACAAGACCUGCCUGCGAUUCUACCACACCAUGGAACGCUCCUCCACAGCAGUCUCCAUAGAAACAGUGUUGUGACCUCUACACAAUCUUUGUCCCCUGUAGCGCUGGAGUUCCACUUGGUUUAUUUAUGUACACUACAUGACCAAAAGCUACUACUUCGAGGCUGAGCGUUGUUGUUCCUAGACGUUUCCACCAUAACAGCACUUACAAUUGACCAGGGCAGCUCUAGCAGGGCAGAAAUUUGACAAACUAACUUGUUGGAAAGGUGGCAUCCUAUGACGGUUACACGUUGAAACUCAAUGAGCUAUUCAGUAAGGUCAUUCUCCUGCCAAUGUUUAUCUAUGGAGAUUUUAUACACCUGUUAACAAUGGGUGUGGCUGAAGUAGCUAAAUCCAAUCAUUUGAAGGGGUGUCCACAUACUUUUGUAUAUAUAUAUAUUGUAUGUACAGUACUGUGUUCAUUUCAUUGACAGUCAGUUUAGAUCAGUGCUAUUCAACAGUCAGUUUAGACCAGUGGUAUUCAACAGUCAGUUUUAGAUCAGUGGUAUUCAACAGUCAGUUUUAGAUCAGUGGUAUUCAACAGUCAGUUUUAGAUCAGUGGUAUUCAACAGUCAGUUUUAGAUCAGUGGUAUUCAACAGUCAGUUUUAGAUCAGUGGUAUUCAACAGUCAGUUUUAGACCAGUGGUAUUCAACAGUCAGUUUUAGACCAGUGGUAUUCAACAGUCAGGUUAGAUCAGUGGUAUUCAACAGUCAGUUUUAGAUCAGUGGUAUUCAACAGUCAGUUUUAGAUCAGUGGUAUUCAACAGUCAGUUUUAGAUCAGUGGUAUUCAACAGUCAGGUUAGAUCAGUGGUAUUCAACAGUCAGUUUUAGAUCAGUGGUAUUCAACAGUCAGUUUAGACCAGUGGUAUUCAACAGUCAGUUUUAGACCAGUGGUAUUCAACAGUCAGUUUUAGAUCAGUGGUAUUCAACAGUCAGUUUAGACCAGUGGUAUUCAACAGUCAGUUUUAGAUCAGUGGUAUUCAACAGUCAGUUUAGACCAGUGGUAUUCAACAGUCAGUUUUAGAUCAGUGGUAUUCAACAGUCAGUUUUAGAUCAGUGGUAUUCAACAGUCAGUUUAGACCAGUGGUAUUCAACAGUCAGUUUAGAUCAGUGGUAUUCAACAGUCAGUUUUAGAUCAGUGGUAUUCAACAGUCAGUUUUAGACAGUCAGUUUAGAUCAGUGGUAUUAAAACCUUUUCAUUAGGGACCCCAUUUUUUCCACAAUUUCUCGCGACCCCACCAAAUCUAAAGACACAACCGUAAAAUCUAUACAUGUGUAUAUUUUUACAUCAGCAAAAAUACGUCAAUUCAUUACAUUUUAAUCACUUAUGGAAAUGAAAAGAAACCAAAAAAUACAUUUACUCAAAAAAUUAACAUUUACAAAUGAUCUUUCUCAAAAUCCUCUAUUGUCCCAUACAAUAAUCUGUCUCUUAAUUUUUUGUUCCACCGUCGCGACCUAGACUUUGAUUACCACUGGUUGAAAUGGUCAGAGACUUAAACCUUUGUGUUCCUUCCUACUCAAGUAUGAUGUGGGAGUGUAUUAUGUACUGUCUAUUAGUCUACAUGGAUAUGAUGUGGGAGUGUAUUAUGUACUGUCUAUUAGUCUACAUGGAUAUGAUGUGGGAGUGUGUUAUGUACUGUCUAUUAGUCUACAUGGAUAUGAUGUGGGAGUGUAUUAUGUACUGUCUAUUAGUCUACAUGGAUAUGAUGUGGGAGUGUAUUAUGUACUGUCUAUUAGUCUACAUGGAUAUGAUGUGGGAGUGUAUUAUGUACUGUCUAUUAGUCUACAUGGAUAUGAUGUGGGAGUGUGUUAUGUGUCUAUUAGUCUACAUGGAUAUGAUGUGGGAGUGUGUUAUGUACUGUCUAUUAGUCUACAUGGAUAUGAUGUGGGAGUGUAUUAUGUACUGUCUAUUAGUCUACAUGGAUAUGAUGUGGGAGUGUGUUAUGUGUCUAUUAGUCUACAUGGAUAUGAUGUGGGAGUGUGUUAUGUACUGUCUAUUAGUCUACAUGGGUAUGAUGUGGGAGUGUGUUAUGUGUCUAUUAGUCUACAUGGACAUGAUGUGGGAGUGUAUUAUGUAUUGUCUAUUAGUCUACAUGGAUAUGAUGUAGGAGUGUAUUAUGUACUGUCUAUUAGUCUACAUGGAUAUGAUGUGGGAGUGUAUUAUGUACUGUCUAUUAGUCUACAUGGGUAUGAUGUAGGAGUGUGUUAUGUACUGUCUAUUAGUCUACAUGGAUAUGAUGUGGGAGUGUAUUAUGUACUGUCUAUUAGUCUACAUGGAUAUGAUGUGGGAGUGUGUUAUGUACUGUCUAUUAGUCUACAUGGAUAUGAUGUGGGAGUGUGUUAUAUACUGUCUAUUAGUCUACAUGGAUAUGAUGUGGGAGUGUGUUAUGUACUGUCUAUUAGUCUACAUGGAUAUGAUGUGGGAGUGUAUUAUGUACUGUCUAUUAGUCUACAUGGAUAUGAUGUAGGAGUGUGUUAUGUACUGUCUAUUAGUCUACAUGGAUAUGAUGUGGGAGUGUGUUAUAUACUGUCUAUUAGUCUACAUGGAUAUGAUGUGGGAGUGUGUUAUGUACUGUCUAUUAGUCUACAUGGAUAUGAUGUGGGAGUGUAUUAUGUACUGUCUAUUAGUCUACAUGGAUAUGAUGUGGGAGUGUGUUAUGUGUCUAUUAGUCUACAUGGAUAUGAUGUGGGAGUGUGUUAUGUACUGUCUAUUAGUCUACAUGGGUAUGAUGUGGGAGUGUGUUAUGUGUCUAUUAGUCUACAUGGACAUGAUGUGGGAGUGUAUUAUGUAUUGUCUAUUAGUCUACAUGGAUAUGAUGUAGGAGUGUAUUAUGUACUGUCUAUUAGUCUACAUGGAUAUGAUGUGGGAGUGUGUUAUGUAUUGUCUAUUAGUCUACAUGGAUAUGAUGUGGGAGUGUGUUAUGUACUGUCUAUUAGUCUACAUGGAUAUGAUGUGGGAGUGUGUUAUGUACUGUCUAUUAGUCUACAUGGAUAUGAUGUGGGAGUGUAUUAUGUAUGUCUAUUAGUCUACAUGGAUAUGAUGUGGGAGUGUGUUAUGUGUCUAUUAGUCUACAUGGACAUGAUGUGGGAGUGUGUUAUGUACUGUCUAUAAGUCUACAUGGAUAUGAUGUGGGAGUGUAUUAUGUGUCUAUUAGUCUACAUGGAUAUGAUGUGGGAGUGUGUUAUGUACUGUCUAUUAGUCUACAUGGAUAUGAUGUGGGAGUGUAUUAUGUAUUGUCUAUUAGUCUACAUGGAUAUGAUGUGGGAGUGUGUUAUAUACUGUCUAUUAGUCUACAUGGAUAUGAUGUGGGAGUGUAUUAUGUACUGUCUAUUAGUCUACAUGGAUAUGAUGUAGGAGUGUGUUAUGUACUGUCUAUUAGUCUACAUGGAUAUGAUGUGGGAGUGUGUUAUAUACUGUCUAUUAGUCUACAUGGAUAUGAUGUGGGAGUGUGUUAUAUACUGUCUAUUAGUCUACAUGGAUAUGAUGUGGGAGUGUAUUAUGUACUGUCUAUUAGUCUACAUGGAUAUGAUGUGGGAGUGUGUUAUGUAUUGUCUAUUAGUCUACAUGGAUAUGAUGUAGGAGUGUGUUAUGUACUGUCUAUUAGUCUACAUGGAUAUGAUGUUGGAGUGUGUUAUGUGUCUAUUAGUCUACAUGGAUAUGAUGUUGGAGUGUGUUAUAUACUGUCUAUUUGUCUACAUGGAUAUGAUGUGGGAGUGUGUUAUAUACUGUCUAUUUGUCUACAUGGAUAUGAUGUGGGAGUGU